CACCAUUAAACCCACAAAGGGUGCUUAUAUGAUGGUGUCUCUCAUGAAUCACUGAUAAACAAGUGGAAGAAGAAGUGGAUUCAUUGCAGCUUAUCCAUCUCCAACACUCUAACACACAAAUGGGUUCCCAAGCACCCCAACUACACUUUGUCUUGUUUCCUUUAAUGUCCCAAGGCCACAUGAUCCCCAUGAUGGACAUAGCAAGAAUAUUGGCACAACAAGGUGUUAUUGUCACUGUAAUGACCACACCCCAUAAUGCAUCACGUUUCACAGCAUCUUUUGCUCGUUCCAUCAAGUCUGGUUCUCAAAUCAGAUUAGUUGAACUCCAAUUCCCAUACAAAGAAGCUGGAUUGCCACAUGGGUGUGAGAAUCUUGAUAUGCUACCUUCACUAGGCACUUCCUUGAGUUUCUUCAAUGCAGCUAACACUCUUCAGGAACCAGUGGAAAAACUCUUUGAAGAGCUAACACCUCCACCAAGCUGCAUAAUUUCUGACAUGUGUUUGCCAUACACAGCCAACAUUGCCAACAAAUUUAACAUCCCAAGAAUUUCUUUCCUCGGACAAAGUUGUUUCAGUCUCUUGUGUCUCUACAACUUAGGCAUCUACAAAGUUCUUCAGAACAUAACCACAGAAAAUGAGUACUUUGUUUUGCCUGGUAUACCUGACAAGGUUGAGAUGACCAAAGCUCAGGUACCAGGACCAGGAUCAAGGAGUGAAAACUGGAAAGAGUUUUAUGCCAAAACUGCUGCAGCUGAAAUGGCUUCUUAUGGGGUUGUCAUGAAUUCCUUUGAAGAGUUGGAGCCAGCAUAUGCAAGGGGUUACAAGAAGGCAAGAAAUGAUAAAGUGUGGUGUAUUGGUCCUGUUUCACUUAGCAACAAGGAUCACUUGGAUAAGGUCGAGAGAGGAAACAAGGCCUCAAUUGAUGAACACUACUGCAUGAAGUGGCUUGAUUUGCAGAAACCAAGGGCUGUAAUCUAUGUAUGCCUUGGAAGCAUGUGCAAUCUAACUCCAUUGCAGUAUAUAGAGCUUGGUUUGGCCUUAGAAGCAUCAAAUAGACCCUUCAUUUGGGUUAUCAGGGAAGGAAGUCAAUUAGAAGCAUUGGAGAAGUGGAUUAAGGAAUAUGGAUUUGAGGAAAGGACCAAAGAUAGAAGCCUUGUGAUUCAGGGUUGGGCUCCUCAGGUACUAAUACUAUCACACCCUGCACUUGGAGGUUUCUUAACACAUUGUGGUUGGAACUCAACCUUAGAGGCAAUAUGUGCUGGUGUGCCAAUGACUACAUGGCCACUAUUUGGGGACCAAUUUUUCAAUGAGAAAGUGAUUGUGCAAAUACUAAAAGUAGGUGUAAGGGUUGGGGUGGAGGCUCCUGUAAAAUGGGGUGAGGAAGAGAAAACAGGUGUGUUGGUGAAGAAAGAAGAUGUUGAGAGAGCAAUUGACAAGUUAAUGGAUGAGACUACAGAAAGUGAAGAAAUGAGAAAAAGAGUUAAAGUGCUUGGGGAGAUGGCUAAGAAAGCUAUAGAAGAAGGAGGAUCAUCUCACUCUAAUGUGACCCUCCUUAUCCAAGAUAUCAUGCAACAAACCAAGAGAUUUAAAUGAUUUUUCUCACUUGGCAAAAACAGAUUGGUAUUCUUUAUCUUCAUUUCCUUCCCUGGAUUUCCCCCCACCAAUAAGGUCCAUUCCAUUCCAUUAGAAUAUGAUGAAGCAGAAAAUUCUUGGGUACACAUGGUGCCUGCUAGGUUUCUCCAUGUAGUUUUCAUCAAAUUAUCUACCUAGUUCAGUGCAAAGUAGAAAGUGUCACACUGUCACUUUCUCUGUAUCUCUUGAAUUUAUU